UACAAGGAAGUGCUUCCUAAGGGAGCCUACUGUAAACGAAUUCGAUUUGUUUUCAUUAGUAAUGAUAGUAAUGGUGUCACUUUGAUUGCUGUUUCUUUACGAUUUAGAAAAAUAAUCAUGCCUCUGGGAUUGUUUGCCAACAAGUUUUCACCCAAGAAGACUCCUCCACGUAGAGCCCAGUCUUUGUCAAAUCUCCACCUGGAUGCAAGUGAAUCGAGGACUGAGUUUGGUCUUGAUUAUGGUGCUGUUAAAGUGAGCCUAGGUGGAAAUGAAGUUGCUUUUGAAAAUGGUCUAUGGGUAAAUGAGAGUGCUGGGGGAGGAGGAAGCCACAAGGAGGUGACACGCUUGAGGAAAGCCAACCAGACUUUGCACGAAGAGAAUAAUUUACUGAAACUGAAAAUUGACAUUUUAUUAGACAUGCUGGCUGAAACCUCUGCUGUGUCCCACUUCCAUGAAAAUGAAGUCAAACAGUUGAGAGAAACCAAGCUUGCAGGGAAAAAGCGAUAGUUGUCUUGUUAUUUUUGUAUAUUUCACUGAUUCAGUUCAUGUUACAUACAUAAUAUACUAUUAUUUAUAUAAAUAAGUCACUAUUACCUUAUUGUACUAUUUUUUUUCGUCCAUCUGGGAGAGUGAAAUCAUUUUUCUCUUAUAGUAGAAAACAUUUAGCUUUGGUCCUGGGCCCUCCAAUCAUACACAAGACACAUUUCAAUUGCUGUCAUUUCCUUAUUCUUGAAUAUUGAGUUCUUCGAACGGCUGCGUAUUAGUAGGGAAUCACGGUUUAACAAUCAAGAGUUCAAAUUAUAGUCUGUGACAGAGUGAGCCAUCGUUUUUCAACAGUCUAAAAACACCGUUCUAGAUAAAACUUUUUAUUCACUCUUUAUUACUGUAGUCUUCGUCUUCCACUGGAAAAAGCAAUAAGUCAGAAUCUAAAGCUAAACCCCAUCCGCACGCCCUGGGGUAAUUUUAUACCCCCGGCGUUGUAUUCUUCACAUUUUAGAAUACUUCUAUUAUGAAGAUCUCUUUGAGUUUGUUGUCAUGGCAUUGAGGACUGGGGUGUCUGUGGACUGUCUGCCCACCCUGAGAAGAGGCCAUUCAUGUUGAGGAUAGGAGGGUACUAGGAGUUUUCAAGAGACUGGAAAGACCUAACUGCCCUGUGACCGUGUAAUUCCGGUAGGGUUCACGUUGCCCAUUCCCCGCCACCAAUGGCUACUGGCUAUAGUUUUCUACUCUUUCAUGAGGUAUUGGCCAAGUGGGAAAGCCAUUGGAUCGUCACGUCCUGCUUUUCGAGUUUGAAACUUUCGGUAUUUCUCAAAAAAAUCAUUUUGACAGACUGCUAUGCAAAGCUAGGGAUCGGAUUAACGAGUAAAUUUCCUCUUUGGAAAAUGGUGGCACAGAGUUCCCCAUGUCGUAUGGAUACGAUAGUAAAACGCGACGUAAGGAUACGGUUUACUUUUAGUAGUGACAAUAAGGUGAGAAUGACUCAUCAUAAAUGACAUAUUGUACUUCUUCCUAUUUAAUGAUUCUGGAGAAUCUGGUAACAUUUUACAAGUGAGAAAUAGACUCAGGAUUUUCAGCUUUCUCUGAAAAAGAACAAACAAGAAGCAUUCGACUUGUACAGUUACGAAUGUAGGAUGGAUAAUUCUGCCCCAACUUGCUUUGUCUUGUCCUCUUCCUCUCCCACAGCUAUAUUUAUACAGUGGAAAGAGUCCACGAAGCGUUUGUGUUUCCCUCAAUAUGAAGAAAAAAACUGUUUUAGUGUUUCAGAGGUUUGUUUAGGAUUGUAAUUUCAUCUGUUUUGUAUUGUAAAGUGUGCACAAUAAUGAUAGCUUGGUCUACAAGAUGUGACAGUUGUGGAUAGGCUGUGUGAAAGUGAAAGGUUAAUUGUGAGGCCUUCUAAUCUAUUGAAAAUCUUCCAUUCUGUGGGUACUGGCGAAAUGGAGUGUGGUUGUCUGUUCAUUUUGUUUGUUUGUUCCUUCUGCCGGUUCGUCAUGCAAGGCCUUUAUUGCUCGACAUUCUCCAAGCUAAGGCCAGUCUGAAGGAAGGAGGCUUAUGCUUGCCAGUCAGUAAAUAAUUUGUGAAAAAAAAAAUGUGUAAAAUUGUAUAGGUUAAACACCCCUUGCAACGUUGUAAUGUUAUUAAAGAGGCACGCAUUCCAAAUAAUGACCUCAGUGCUUUGUUGUCAUAUCUCCAUAUUUUUUUUUACAGUAAAAAUGUGACUUCUUCUUAAGCUCACUCUUUGUUAUGAACUGUUUUCACUUUAGUUAUUAAAAAUGGAGAUACAACAAGAAAGCACUGAGUUCGGGAAAUGUAAUGUCUAUCUCUGUCAGGACUGAGCCAAUUUGGGAAAUUCGUGUAAAAUGCUUUUAUUCAAGGACACAAUGUUGGGCCGAGCUGAGCUUCAAACCCACGAUCUCAUGAUCACGAGUUCAGUAGCCUUACCACUAGACUACUGAUGUCACCUAAAUAGUGUGUAGCCUACAUUUGAAGGCCUUUAAUCACACUCUAUCAGGAGUGGAAAGCUGCAUGUAUGUACUUGUAGGCUUAUUUGCAUUUUCAUCUACCAUGUGGUUAACAUAGGGCACCAGCAAAUAAAUAGGGAGGACAGAUAUGCUUGUUGUACGUGUAUUCUUUUUGGUUCACUGAAGAGUGUCUGCUUUCAACUCGAAGGAAAUUGGAGAGAAUGACUUUCUAAUUCACAUGGGUUUUUUUCAUUACCAACUGCAUAUCCUCAUUGUGACUCAUAUGAUUGUCAAGAUAAUAAACUGUAAAUAAGAAUGA